GACGGUCCUGUCAAUGAUCUGUCACGUUAAAUUGCGAUAUCUUUUUAAUUAAUAAAGUACAUAAAUGACACAGAAAAUUGUAUAUAUUAAUAAUACUACCUAAAAAUAGCACUAUGAGCGUAAAUGCAUUAAUAUGGAUUGGAUAAACUCCUUGUUGUCUUCAAAAAAUUCCAAAUCUUUGAUAAAUUCGGACGAUUGUGAUCCUCAAGCUUGUUAUGAUAGCUUCAAAGAACAUUGGCACCAGAUAUACAAAAUCUUCAAUAGAGUGCAGCAACUGCCAACCCACGAUGAUGUUCUGGGAGUUGUUAACCAUUUGGAACAAAUGGCCACAUUAUUACUGUAUGAUAUUAAACGCGCUGAUAGGCUUCAUGUAUCUCAAUCUACAUCUAAAUGCCUGGAAUACUUACUGUCUGAAAAUAUAUUAACAAAGCUGUUCGAAUGGAGCACAAGAUCAGGAAGAUACACCGAUGCAAUACGAUGUGAACAAUUAAAAAUAUAUCAAAUGCUGUUGUGUCAAACGAGGCACAUUUUACUGCUACACGAACCAUUUUUGCAGCCGUUGAUCAAAUUGCUGUUUUCCUGUGAAGGCGAGGUGUAUUCGAAGGAAGUGGAAAAAUUGCUCGUUGAUUUAUUAAAUCAACUUUGCGCUCUUCUAAUGCAAAAUGUCGAAUUCAUCGAUUUGUUUUUUCACGAUGUUAAAAACGUACCAAAUUUCGUUAUAUUCUCCUUGUUAAUACCAUUCGUUCAUCGUGAAGAUUCUAUCGGUAUGAAAGCUCGAGAUGCUCUCUUACUCUGCAUGUCCCUUUCGAAGAAAAACAAAAAAGUAGCAACCUUCAUAGCUGAACAUUCUAAUUUCUCUAUAAUACUAGCGUCGGGAUUAAGUGGUCUAUAUUCUGUGUUACCAAACAUUUUGGAUGAUAUUUCAGUACCUGAUUGGCAUAGAUUUACACCUGAUGAUGUUAAUGAGAUAAAAGGCUUGUUGACAUUCGUAACAUCUCUAGAAUUUAGUAACGCGGUUGCGCAAGUAGCACAUCUAAUAAUUAGGAAACAACUGCAGGAAUUUUUGUACCGGGGAUUUUUAAUACCGGUGUUAGGACCAGCAUUGCUCCAAUCAGGAGUAUCCGAACAAGUAGCUGCUACUGCUUACUUGGAAUUAAUCAUUCGGACUGUAAGCGAUACAGGACUUCUUCACUCUUUGCUCCAAUUUUUGCUCAAUAUCGAUUUUGAUGGAGAGAAAUUAUUAAAUAUUUUAAUACAACGAUUAGAUUCAGAUAAUCAACAACUGUCUCUAGUAUCCCUGGCUAUGUUCGAGUCAAUAAUCGAUCUUUGUUGUGAAGAUUUUAUGUUAGAGUUAGUUUUUAAGUAUUUACAACCAUGCCUGCACCUAAUAUUGUCACAAAGAAACAUGUUAUUACCUUUAGAUCCUCAUUGUCAAAGUUUUGAGAAACUAUUGACGCUGGCGCCAAAAUGCUGUAAUGCAGAAUAUCCUCUGGAAUUUAGUGAGAACAGUCAAUUAUAUAUUUUGAAGCACAAGCAAAGUUUAUACGGGAAAUAUUUUGCGUAUUUAUGCGAUGCUAGGCACAAGAUAGCACAAUGCCAGAUGUCUUGUAUGGCUUGGAACAAUUCGUACACUGGCGAAGACGAUUCUGUUUCAGGUUGGUAUCUUUGUGUAAAAAUAUUAUUUAUUUUAUUUACGGGUUUUCAGAUUCUAGUAGUACUAGUUUAGAAAGGAGUAGCGGAUAUAACAGCUUGAAUGUAACUGCAGAUGAGUCACGAUCAACUGAAGAAUACUGGGAAACUCCUUCGAGUUUUAAAUUGCAUAAAAAGGAAAUUGCUGUGCCAACAAAAAUAAGCGAUAUCGAAUGCUGUCGUUCAUCAGCUGGACCUUUUCUAUUUCUUUUAAUGAAGAAACUAAAAAACUAUUUAUCGAAUUCUCUGUAUGUUAAUCUACAUCUAACUGGUUUGAUUUCUAAACUAGCAGCAUAUCCUCAGCCGCUUUUAAGAGCGUAUUUACUAGAUCAUAGUUUAAUACUUCAACCUAAUGUGCCAUCUAUGUUCGAGAUAAUUGGUGUAUUGAAACAAAAAAUCGACGAAUAUAUGUUCCAACAAUCCAACUAUCAGCAACUUAUCAAAUACGCAAGAGACAUUCUCGUUGAUCGAGAAAUAAUGUUAGUAAAUCUUAGAAGAUACCAUGUUGAACAUGCGUCUAAGAAAAUCGAAACGGAACCUUUCCAACGAAAUAGUCCAAAGCGUAGAAGCCUGAACAUUCCUCCUAUUAGCAAUUUCUUUGGUAGAAGACCGAGUCAAAUUGAAAGCAACGUUCCUGUACCAUCAACUCCAGAAGAAGUUCAGUACAAUAUUAUGUACCCUAAAUUUAAUGAGGGCCAGCAUGUUGCCCUUUGUGCUGUGUUACUUGACGAAUGGAUAAAAGAAUUAGCUGCCCUUGCACAAGAACAUACUAUUGCCCAGCUGGUAACGUUUUUAAAGUAAAUUUAACUUCAAUAAAAUCAAUUGUUGGUUUCGCCUUUGAGAUGCUAAAUUGAGUUACUUCUUGCCAACAUUUACUUCCACAAUGAUCUCUAGAACAAAUUCCGACUGACCAGUAAAUGGUUUUGUAUUUAAUUGGAAACAAUUUUAUCGACAUUUUUUAAGCGCACAUUUCUUUUAGUUUUUCAUGGGCUCUUUGGGAAUCUCAAUAUUUAAUUGGUAAUAGUUGGAAUAGCGUAUUUAUUUUUCUUGUUUUUAUGGGUGUUAAUUCUUGAAUGGAAUAGUAAUUUUUACCAGUGAAGCUUAUACAAGCUUGCAUAUGUUACUAAAUGCAAUGCACCUAAUCUAUAAAUCUUGUAAAUAAUUGUACAAUGUAAAAAAUAAUUUUUGAAUUACAUUUUUCGAUUUUCAGUCAUUACCAGUAUUGUGUUGUGUAUGUAUUUCAUAUGAUACAUUAUUUAAAAACGGAUAGUUUUUUACAUUUAUUAACAAUGAGUUCUAUUUCUUUUAAUCUAUA